CGUUCAAACCACACGGACUGCGCUGUUUUCGUUCUCAUUACGUCUAUGUUGACCCAGGUCUUAGUGCUUACGAAUAAUUCUUAAUUUUAACAGUAUAACUCGAUUUCAGUGACGAUUUUAAACAGAGUGGUGGAAGCAAACAUUACAUCUUUUUUUAUAAAGAUAAUAGUUUACAUCAAAUCGUUAUCGUGGCCAUUGUUUUGAAAACAUUGGACGAUUGUCAAAGUGUCAACUUAGGAAACAGUGCAAUAAUUGUUUCGUUAUGUGGUCAGGGAGCGGUAGUUCUGAGUGAGUGCGUGUGUUACGUGCUAAUGUUCGCGGCUGGAGUGUCCUGUGUGUUGUACCGCAGUCCCGGAGGAUACGUUGACUGAUGGACAAGUGUGGUGCCUGGAGCGGGCGACAUGCGGGCCCGCAUGGUUGGGAUUAGCCACAGCGGACACCGGCAACACGGCGACCACGGAGACCGUGGCGGUACUCGCACCAGAGACGGGCGGUGGAGACAGCGCCAGCGGCGGCUCGGGCGGGUCUGGCAUGGAGUGCAUGCAGCUGCGCUCCCAGCCGGAACCCUUCCACUACCUCAUCUCGGAGCAGGCUAAGUCCCUCGUCGCCCUACAGGAACUCCAGAAUGAGGUCGGAGCUUUGCUUGAGUUUCGCGAUCUCGUCAUCGAGACAUUCCCGAAUCUUCGGUCGAAGAUGGCGCCGUCGACUCCCGCGAGUGGGACCCGUCGCGACUGGGAGCCCGGCGUGCGCGUGCGACGCAAGCUGGCCGGCGGCGGCGGCGACGCCACCCGCACCAAGCCGCAACCCUCCGUCCAAGAUUCCGGCUUCAGCACCGAGACCUCUUGCGGGAAAGACGCUCAAUCGUCGUCCGCCUCCCGAUCCCGUCCGCUCGAAGACGAACUGUGGGCCCUCCUGGAUGUCAUACAAAGGAAAGGCGUCAGAUUACGGGACGAAGCGGAAUUGCUGCGAGGCGAGCUCGAUGAAAGACCCUCGGGAGAUACGGCGGAGGAAUCGUUCGCGAGAGCGCUUUCGGGCUGCGGAGAGUGUUCAGACGUGAGACGACUUCGCAGCGAAAGGGAUGCAUUGCUCUCCAGGGCGGCGCAACUCGAGGCCGAGGCGGCCGCCACGCCGCCGCGCGCGGCCUCGUCGCCGCUGGGCCGACUGGACCGCGCGCUGGAGACGCCACCGCGACCGCCUCGUGUUCCCACGCCGGACUCCAAGAAGUUCGCGGCGAUUCUCCAAGAGAGUAAUCCCGUAGAACUUCAAAGACAACUCCUUAGCUCCACUGUACAGAAUCAGGUGUUACGUGAAUGGAUGAGCCGCGCUGUGAAGCAGCGUGCGACAUUACUUGAGCGGCUGGAGCAGGCGCGCGAUCUGAACGAAGACCUUAAAUUUCGGUUAGAAGAGAAGAGCGUCGAAUUAGACAGUGUAAAAAGUCGCGUGCGGCAGUUAGAGGGGGAGAGAGAAGCGUCGACGACGCCCCCCUCGCCCGCGCCGGCGCCGGCGCCCGCGCCCGGCACGCCCGGCACGCCCGUCAGCCGCCGCGCCCGCGCCGCGCGCGACAGCCUGGAGCGCCGCUCGCACAGCAGCAUGCGCGACAUGCAGCCGCUGCCCAUGCCCGAGCAGGAGCCGCGCUCCACGCCCGACACGCCGCGGCGGCGGCCCUCGCGCAUCCCGCUGCACACGGCGCACAAGGGCGCGGCGCCGCGGCCGCCGUGCGUGUCGGCACCGAGACCGCCGUCGGCGGCGUCCGCGCGCUCGGCGGGCUCGCGCGGGCGGCCGUCGCUGCCGCCCGCGGCGCCGGGCCCGACGCCGCCGUCGCGCCGCUCGCAGCCGCCCCACGAGAACAAGGUGCGCGCCCUCCUGGAAUACAUGUUCCAAUUCCAAAGAUUCCGGCCGAAAGUUACCGAUCCCAAACUAACCGUGUCGUGUUAAACCCACCGUGUGACAGUGCACCCAGUGACUCACUAAUAUCGCGUGUCGACCGUUCUCAUGUUUCGGUUUUGGUUCUCAAGCCGCGGGCGAGCCGGGAGACGCGGACGCGGCUUCGCCUCUCGUAGCUCCCAUGCCAUUAUGUCGAUCAGCCGACGAGCGUCGCGCGGGUCCUCGCGGGAACAGGAGCAGGAGCCGGAGUUGUACGUGGACUCGCUCAACUUCGUGGUGUCGGAGGCGCGCGUGGAGCUAGUGGCGGAGUACCUGGCGCGCUCGGAGCGGCUGUUCU